AUGGGGGCAGCUGCCGUGACGAGCCUGGCCGCACCGGCCAUUGCGCAGAACAGGAAGAUCGUGGUGGGCGCGCUGCGCUUCACUUCCCAUUCCGGCAGUUUCAUUGCACUUGAACGCGGAUACUUCAAUGAUGCGGGUCUUGAUGUCGAGUUGAAGUUCUUUCAGGCGGCGCAGCCGAUGGCCGUGGCGAUCGCGUCCGGUGAUGUCGACUAUGCGGUAACUGCUGUAUCCGGCGGCCUGGUUUCGCUCGCCGACAAGGGCGCAAUCAAGGUGAUCGGCGGUGCGCUCAGCGAAGAAAAGGGCAUUGAUGGCCAGAAAAUCCUGGCGUCAGAUGCAGCAUUCAAGUCUGGCCUCACGUCACCUUCGCAGCUCGGUGGCAAAACGUUCGGCAUGUCCACGGCUGGAUCGUCCUUCCACUACAUGGGCUCGAAAGUCGCCGAGGCCGAGGGCGUCGAGAUGUCCUUCAAGCCGCUGCAAAAGGUUGGCGCAAUCAUCGGGGCACUCAAAUCCGGGCAGAUUGAUGCCUGGUCGAUCGUGCCGCAUAUUGCCAAGCCGCUGGCCGGAUCAGGUGCCGUUCACAUUAUCGGAAAUAUCUCGGACUACCUUCCCGGCUACCAGGUGACGACGGUCUUCACCUCGGCAAAGAAUGCCGCCGACGAGCGCGACCAGACCAAAGACUUCCUGACCGGGUUCGGCAAGGGUGUCAGCGACUACAACUCGACCAUGAUCGACAAGGCCGGUGGCGAUGCCGGCGUGAACGAGAUGGUCGAUCUGAUCCACAAAUACGUCUACACCGACCGUCCGCGCGAAAAGGCUGCGCCGUCCAUCAUCAACGGCACGAUGCGGAUAAACGAAGGUUCCAAGCUGAACAUUGCGUCCCUGCGCGACCAGCUGGAGUGGUUCCAGGCCGAAGACCUGGUCGGCAAGGACAUCACGCUCGACACACUGGUCGACGGAAGCUACGUCGAAACAUACGAAGGCUGA